GCCGCGGGAGGGCGGAGAGGCAUGCGGCCGGCGGCCGGACCACCAGCCGGAGCCCCGGCCCCAGCCCGAUCCCGAGCGCCGCGCCGCGCCCCGCGCGCCUAGAAGCGGGCAUCUUCCCGGGGCCGGUCUGGAGACCCCGAGUCCCCGCAACCCCCGGAGUCGGGACAACUGUUGCGGCGACGGCCCAGCCCCGCGGGCGCGGCUCCCAGUGGCGGUGCGAGGAGCGAGCGGGCGGCGGGCACAAGGCAGCUCUCGACGGAUCGAUGCAAGCCGAAUGAUGACCAUUUGUGGCCAGCAGUCCUUGAACGUGCUCACCGUCCUCUCGCUGCUGAUUUCCGCAGUCUUGUCCGCACAUUUCCGGGUCUGUGAGCCAUACACGGACCACAAAGGCCGCUACCACUUUGGCUUCCACUGUCCCCGGCUCUCAGACAACAAAACCUUCAUCCUCUGCUGUCACCAUAACAACACGGUUUUCAAAUACUGCUGCAACGAGACAGAGUUCCAGGCGGUGAUGCAGACGAACCUCACAACCAGCUCCGAAGGCUACAUGCACAACAAUUACACCGCCUUGUUGGGAGUGUGGAUCUACGGCUUUUUUGUGCUGAUUCUGCUGGUCCUGGAUCUUUUGUAUUACUCGGCGAUGAACUACGACAUUUGCAAGGUUUACCUGGCGCGGUGGGGCAUCCAUGGACGGUGGAUGAAACAGGACCCCCGGCGGUGGGGGAACCCUGCCCGGGCCUCUCUGCCGGGGCAGCCAGCCCCGCAGCCCCAGCCUCCCCCGGGUUCCCUGCCACAAGCCCCCCAGGCCGUGCACACGCUGCAGGGAGACACCCACAGCCCACCGUUGGUGACCUUCCAGAGUUCGUCUGCCUGAAAACCCUUUUGCCGUGCCUCAGGAUGGGGGAGGUAAGACCCGAAGCACCCGGUGCAGCCUCCAAGAAGAACAACUUCCACAGAGACGCCAGGGAGAGCCGAGGCGGCUGCGGUGGUGGCAGAGGAGGAAAUGCCACCUAUGCCCAAAACCCCCUUCUGAGACUUCUAAGAGUAGGAGCACACUCAGGGGCAGGGGCCCAGGGGUGCAGGGGAGGGGAUUCUGAGCCACUCGUCCGCAAGCAAUAGUCCCAUUUGGGCUGGUGGCUUCUGAGAGGUGACACCAUUGUGGACUCGAGAUGACCAACACAAAGCUGCUCUGGCCGAUUCAAGCUGGAAGGAGUUAGGCCUCUGCGUCGUGUCCGUCCCCUUGCCUCUGUUUCCUCCAGUAGUGGCCUGUGGGCCUCUCCAUGUCAGAAUAUUGAAUGUGAGUGUGUGUGUGUAUGUGUGUGUGUGUGUGUGUGAGUGUGAUUUGGGUGUUCUUUUGUUUGUUUGGUUGGUUUUCAUUGAGUUCCCCCAAGUUCCCUGAUGGGCACAUGUCAUGUUGUGGUGGCGGUUCCUCGUCAGCGUCCUGGGUUCGCUUUUUGCUACAGCUGGCAGCUGUGAACCAGACGGAGUUGGUGAGCCUGGGGCCCAGCCCUGCUGUGUUUCUGGGGGCGCUGGGGAUUUGAAAAUGCCAGGAAGGAUUUGUUCUUAGGGAUGUCAUUCCCAUAGCAACAGUAACAAUAAGGGCGGUGUCUUGGGUCAUCCACAGGGCGGGGCACUCGUUGGGUGUCUUCAUGCGCUUCCUGUCUUGCCACCUGGGUGGGGAUGUGAUGAACCCCCUGCAGAAACAGCUCAGAGUGGGGAUAGUGCCAGGUCACACGGUGAGGAGGAGACUAGCCCCUCGGUUGACCUCAGGGGGUAGGAGCCCAAAGUUUAAGCUCCCAGCAGAGUCCCGAAGCAUCUCCCAGUCACUUUCUGGUGGACGGGCCAUUCCCUCCUGGUUCUCUACCGUCACUUGCCUGGACCCUGAUUCACGCAGCACAUUCUGCUUCGGCACCUGCUGUGUGCCUGGCCCUGUGCCAGGCCGUGUAAGGAUGGGCGAUGAGUCAGGUAGUCCUUGGCCCUGGCCCCGGGGAGCCACCAUCUGGUGGGAGAGACAGACACACAGAUCUCUGCCAGGCAGGGUGAUAAGCAGUAGGGAAACCUAGAGGGGAAGGUUCCAGAAGCCCUUCCACUUUAAGGGGGGACUUCCACACAAAGUUGGAUGCUUGAAACAUUCAUCCACAAAACUCACUGUGGACACUGCCCACCCCACUGCCCUGGGACACACAAGGAACGGCGUCGCCUGGGGAUGUGAUCACAUCAGUCUCGAGGGCCACACUGCCAGUGUAGACACACUCACUCCACCCGUGUCAGUCAUACCAACUCCUACCCCCAACUCUUAGCUCUGUGGGCCCUGCUCAGUAAGGCCCUGAUCACGUAUCCGCACUUCGCCAGAACAAUGUUCUCACACCCAGACUCCGUGAGACACAGCGGUGAGCUGGCAGGCCCCUGCUCACCGCUCAUGGUACCGGUUUUCUAGCUGGGGAGAGAACAGGGAGGGAGCACAUAAGUAGUGAAUAAGGAAGAUACAAAUAGUGGUGAGUGCUCUGCCGAGCAUUCAGUCACAACCACGAGUGCAGGUCGUGUUGAGCUUGGGCCAUCUGGUUAAGCUCAGAUCUGAAUGAGAAGAGCCAGCCAGGGGAAGAGGGAAAGAGCAUUCCAGGCAGAGGGAAGAGCUAGUGCAAAGGCCCUGAGGCAGCAACAGGUUCAGUGGUGGCAGGGACUCGGAAGAAAUCCAGGGUGGCUGGGACCCAGAGGGAGGUGGAAGGGGAUGAGGGUGAGGGAGCCCAGACUCUGUGGUUCAUUGUGAGUCAGCAUAAGGCUGCACAGUACAGCCCUCUGACCUUUGAUAAAGCAGAAAGAGCUUUCCAGGGUAUAAAGUGUUUUCCACACAGCUGGUUCUUCAUCCUCUCAACAGCCCCACAAAGAAGGGACUCUCCCCAUCUCAUGGACUAGGAAACUGAGGCUCAGAUGGGUCCAGUGGCUUGCCCAAGGUCACACAGCAGGCUGUGGAAGACCCAGGCCCAUAGCUUCAGUCCCAUGUUCUCCAGACAGUGGUGCCAAGGCCCAGGCAGACAGCUUGGUAGAGGCAAAGCAGGAGAACUUUUGCUUGGGGUCUUAAUUAGGGAUGAGCCUGGCUUCCUUGCCCUCAGAUGUGAGUCAUGCCCGGACAUGUGCCAGGCCUUGUCCAUGUAGAGAAUUGACGGCCAUGGAGGGUGCCCAGCAGCCGUUUAGCCCAGCUAGAUCAGCCCACACCUGCAUCCCAUGUGAGGAGUCUCAGGAUCAGGGGAACCUAACUGCAGGUGGUUGGGGAGAGGUGGGCACAAGACCCAGAUCCUGACAUCCACUCUGCAUUAAGAGCAGUGUGACCUCAGGUGAGUCCCAUGCCCUCUCUGCCCUCAGUUUCCCCAUCAGUAAGAGGGAGGAGUCAGACCAGGCAUUUAGGGGAUUGCAUGUCUGCCUUCCUGUGGUUAUGGGUGACGUUCAUGCAGCUGCUCACACAGAGAUGCUUCCUUUGCCAUAAAGGAGCUGGUGGCCUUGUCUCCCUGCCCCAGAGGCCCGGAGCCAAUGGUCACUGUCACAUAGACCAGCUAGCACUAGGAUUCACCUGAUCCGUAGCCCUGAGAUUUACAGGUUGCUGCUCCUGGCCCCAGCAGAGGUCUUUUUAGGAAUGACCAAUAGAUAAUUCUCUUGGGGGUUUACUGUCUCAGCUGGGCUUGGGAUGGAACUAUAGCUCAACAGACAUCACAGAUGCAAACAGUACCAGGGCAGCCAGUGGUGCAGAGAACGCAGCACUGCUCCUUUCCAGCUGGGUGGCCUUAGGUAAAUCGCUUUCCCUCUCUGAGCUUCAGUUUUUCACCUGUCAAGUAUGUAGGGUGGGGACUCGGGGGAGGUAACGACAUUCACAGCCUCAUGGAGUGGUAGAAGGGAUGAGGACACUGAACGUGGUGGUGAGUGGCCCUUAGAAGGCAGGUGUGUAUAAUUCAGUCGCUGCCCACGUCAAAGGCUCCCCCAAACCCCACGGAACCCCGGACCAUCCCAUCCCCAUCCUACUGUGGCGGGUGGACCUGCCAACAGGAGUGUCCCUGAGAAGAAGAUGCAGGGUAGUAACAAGUUCAAGUAGAGAUAUAUAGUGUUAGUGUUUUUUAGUGACUCCCAAACGUGAGUUUUUAAGCUGCCUCCGUUUACUUUUUACUGUGUGCUUCUGGCUAUCACCACGUAAUUUGUAAAAAUAACCAUAAAAAUAUACAAAAAAGAAAAGCAAGAAGAAGAGGAAGAAGAUGACAACAAGGCCUCGGUAUUCGCCGCUGGCCUGUGUAACUCACUCCGUUUUUGUAGGACUUUUUUCCCCACUGGGAACUGUGUGUUAUUAACGAGCAGUUUUAUGCUUUCCAUCUCGUCCGAGUAUGGUAGAAUCGUGGUGUGUUUUGGAAUCUCUACUCAGAACCCGUAGCUGGGAGCACCCCAGGCCUCUCGCCUUCACCUUAACCUCUGAAAUCGCCCUGGAACUUGAGGAGUAAGCAGCCUGCUCCUGCAGACGUGCCUGGAGCCGCCGGCUGCCAGGCGCACACUUGACGCUGACCAAUAUGAAACAGGCCUUAAUUGAAGACACGCACACAUGCACACACAUGCGCACACGCGAUUCUGCAGGUAGAUCCAGUCUCUGUUGUUUUAGAAAAAGAGCAGGUAGGCAGCUAGCGAGGGUGGGUGGCAUUUCCCGUCAUUAUUGGAAAACCUCUUCAGGCAAAUUUGGGCCCCAAGACUGGAAAGAAGGACUGAGGGGUGUCAGGGAAAACACGGCCGGGAGUGGGGAUAACAGCCUUCUGCCGAGAGACGCUUCCCAGCUCACGGUCAAAUCCAAAGCUCCCCUUAGGUUAUUUCAGUUACAACGAGACUGUGACGGCGGCCAUGCCAGUGCUGUUCCCCACACUACCAGCGGACCCUGGAGACCCCUGCCCAUGCCAGGAAGGGAUCGGCCUCCUCCAGCCCACUGGCCCUGCCCAAGCCCCGUUCCCUGGCCCAGCUGACACCCCAUUCAUCAUGUGUACAAGAGGUUGUGCCGGAAAAAA